CCAAUAACAAGCCGGGUAGAAGCUGUUAUCGGAAUCGUUCGCGCCCUCGCAGAAUUUUCAUUUUGUACAGUCAAAACAUUUAUUUAAAAUUGAAGAAGAAAUCCUUCACAAUAUAAACAAACAGAAGUCGAGAUAUCCACAAUAUGGACGCGUGGGAGGCCAAAGAGAUCGGGCCUCUGUUGAAGCGAUUCCAGGUCAAUUGCGCGCAGCUGGAGCUGGAUUCGGGGAUCCAACAGAGCGCCUUCGAUACAUACCAACGAUUGGCGGUGGACGGUGGACUGGCUAGAAGUGGAGACGACGCCCAGGGAUGGCUCUGCUGCGCCGUAUACAGCGAACUGCAGCUAGCGAAGAUCCGGGACAUUAAGGGCGAGUUCCAAGAAACCGGGAACCGCUGCUGGAAUAUGUCGCUAACGCGUUUAUUGCGCUGCUUCAAGGUGAGCGGGUCGGUGUUCCUUCGCUGCAUGGAGCACUGGAACUGGCUGGCCCAGAACACGAAGGUUUUACAGCUGGAGGUGGAGGAGCUGCGCCGAAGGUUCAGCGUCACACUGAUCCUGUUGCAGCACUACAAGAGCAUUUUCCAGAGCCUGUUCACUCAGCCCUCCGAGGACGAGGAUGCACUUGCCUUCUACCAUUCGCUCUACGAGUUUGGCUGGCUGCUCUUCCUGGUCGUUCGCAACGAGCUGCCUGGCUUUGCCACCGAGAACCUGGUGAACGGCUGUCAGGUCCUCGUCUGCAGCAUGGACUUACUGUAUGUAAACAUGCUAGAGGUGCCAAAUUCCCCGGUUAUCCGCCGGGAUUUUCCGCGCUUACCUUCGAUGUGGGGCACCAAGUACUUUGACUCCGACAUCCUGAAAAAAUACAGCGCCUUGCAGGCCAUCGGAGCCCUGCUGCCCCAUCUGCCGGAGAGGGGGGUGCAGCAGAUGAAGAACGCCUUUUUCCAGAAGGCCCUUAUGGUGCUAUUCAUGGACCAGACGCUGCUGGGCAACGACACCCACAUGCGGGAGAUUCUCAAGGAGGGAAUGCUGGACGUCAACUUGGCUACCCUUAAUCGUAAAUACUCGAGCCAUGUGGCUGACAUAAGCGAGAUGGAUGAGAGGGUCUUGUUGUGUUGCCAGGAUGCGAAAGAGCGGAAUAAGAGCAGUCCGGAUUCCAAGAGCAGUCCACGGCCGGCCUCUUCACCAUAUAAGAAACUACUGGACCACAAGCUACCACAGAGCAUGCCCCCAAUUAUUAAAGCGCUUGGUGAAGGAGAGAACUAUGAUACCAUAGUUCACCCCGUGGAGAAGCUGCUGAUCAGGCUGGGCCAUACGUUUAGCAGUGCCGUUAAGGACCAUAUGAACGAGGAGGUGGCUGCAGAGCGAUUUCAUCUGGCUAGAGGCCUCUUCUAUAAGUUCCUGCAAAAGAUAUUGGCCUCUGAGUUGGCCCUGAAGCCCCAAUUAAAGUUGGGUAGCUUGCUGAAACAAUACACCCUGACCACAGCCCUUAUUGCCUGCUGCCUGGAGGUGGCUCUGCACAUACAUGAUGAGCAAGUCGAUCAAGUGCGGUUUCCCUUCGUCCUCGACUGCUAUUCGCUGAAUGUCUACGAUUUUCAAAAAAUAUUAGAGCUGGUGGUUCGCCACGAUGAAGGCUUGCUGGGGAGGGUGCUGGUUAGGCACCUGCACACGGUGGAGGACCAGUGUCUGGGAACACUGAUCUUUCGCGACAACUCGCAGCUGUGGCAACACUUUGGGAAGAACGAUCGGCUUCCCAGCUACCAGGAGGUCCAAACUCAGGCAGAGGACAAGGAGAACCCGUCGACCGGCGCAGGCAUCUGUCUGCGAAAGUUCUAUGCUCUGGCCCACCGACGUCUACUGGGCCUCUGCAAGAGGCUAUCACUAGUGGAUGCGUAUCCACGUAUAUGGCAUCUGGCUGAGUACUCCUUCACCCUCAAGGGCGGCGAGCUGCUGCGCCAACGCAACCUGGACCUGCUGCUACUCUGCGCCAUCCAUCUGCACGCCCGAUUGGAGGAUCUGCGUCUGAGCUUUAGCGAAAUCAUCCAAGAGUAUCGUCGCCAGCCACAUGCCCAGAGCAGCGUUUACCGGCAGGUCAGUCUGGGCAAUGGCCAGACCGUGGAUAUCAUCCGCUUUUACAACACAACGUUCGUGAGGAGUAUGGCCCGUUACGGGCUGCACCUGCGCUGCGAGCAAUCCACACCUCCCAAGUCUCUGUCGCCCUUUAGAAAGAACGUGACCGUUCUGAUGGAGACAGUGCCCAACGAGCUUCGCAUGCGAGGUAACAUAAGCGUAUCCUCGCCACCACCGCCCAAGAUCUGCCUGAGUGGAUCCUGCUCCAGCUUAGAUCUGACAGAAUCCAUCAACCGAUCUCCGAGGGUGAUAAUUAAAGAAGAGAAUUUAAAUCUGAAGCGCAGUGUCUCCAGCAACGAAAUCCAUGCUGACAAGCAGCCCAACAUCCUUCGGCGACGCACCUGCUUCCAUUGAUUCGAAUAAGUUUCACUAGACACAUUCAACACCCUGGCUGGCUACAUUUUACGAAGCUGCACUACAUACAAAAUAAUUAGUAAGAUUUCACUGAAACACGCCUCACUCAUUGUAAAUGAAUAUUCUCUACUCAAAUGAAUUCAAUCUCAAAUAAAUUAAAUGAACUUUA